AUGGAACCCGCUGCGGGCGGUGAUUGGCGGAGCGGGCGGUGCCCCGGGGGUCCAUGGGAGCGCGGAGCCGACGCUGCGAGUUUCAAAGCGGCAACUAGGUACUUAUUGCCUCCAUGCUCAGUGCUCGGCCCAGGAGUAGGAGUAGGGUGGCCUGCUCCACCCCUUCGUCCCCAACCACCUCUGAGGAUGAGCAGCCUUUGAGCUCCUCCACUUAUUCCUUGCUCUCCCCCAUUUACCAUCAGAGCUUUCAGAGCUGCAAUGAGGAGGAGGAGGAGGAUAGGGAGGAAGCGGCACCAUCAGCUAGGGGGAAAAGAACCUUCAAGAGGAAUAAACACAAUAGUGCUGAAAGCUGUAAUGUAACAGAAAAGAAAAAGCAGUCACCUCCAACAGAUAAUCUCUCACCAUGGGAAGAAUGGUUCAUUUGCAAAGAGAAAGAGCUACGUGUCCGCUUACAAGCCAGAGCUUUAGAGGAAAUGAAUUUACAACUGGAGAAAAGAAAAGAAAAGCAGGAGCUUGAAAGGAAAAAAAAGAUUGCUGAAGAGAAACACAAGGAAUGGGUGCAGCAAAAGAAUGAAGAGGAAAGAAGGGAAAAGGAACGAAAGCUCAUCAAAAAGAUGGCAGAAAAAGCAGUGAGAGAUCUAGAGAGAAUCCAAUUGCAGGAAAAAGCUAAAGGAAAGUAUAAAGAAUGGCUAAAGAAGAAAAGAGCUGAAGAGUCUGAGAAGAAGAAGAAAGAGGAGGAAAAGGAACAAAAAAGGGUAGCUGAAUUACAGGAGAAAAAAGAGAAAUCAGAGAAGAUUUUUAGAGAGUGGCUACAGCAUGCCAGAAAUAAACCCCGCCCAGUUUUACACAGUUAUGGCUAUACCAAUGGGAAACUUUCAGGAUACCCUGAUGGAAAUUCAUAUCCAGCUCCAGCCUAUUGUAACCCUAUUCCCUGGAAACCAAUUCAUGUGCCACCUCCUAAGGAAGACAAGAAUGUUACAGUGAAAAAAUCUAAGAGACCUAUAUCCAGUCAGUCAUAUAGAUCCUCAUCUAUGGUAAUCCAUAAGCCCAAGAACAAUCUUUGUAUUGGAUCAUUGCACAGAAAACAAAGAUAGUGUAGGAAGCAAAAUAACUUUGUUUAUUAGCUUGAUUAAACUAGGUUUUAAAGUUCAAAAGUUAUUUCUUGGUUAAGUGUUUCUUUAAAUGUUAAAAAUACAGUGUUGAAAGACAAAAUUUUAUCAUCUUUUAAUAGUUAUGAUCAUUUAAUGUUAGCUAAGGAGUAUCUUUUCCAAAGACUUUUAAACUCAGUUAUUUUAACACUUAGAAAACUAUCUUUAAAAAAUUUGUGAACCAGUUUUUUUAGUUUAUUUUUAAAAAAUAUAUAUGUAGCCAGUUAUAUUGAAACCACUCUUUGAUAUCAAUAAAACAUUAGUGAUUAGUUUUUGAGAGUCUUCAUAGAGGGUGUGGUGGGGUGGUUUUUUUGUUUAAAAUGUGUUUUCAGUGGUUAGCUGGGCUAUUAUGCUCAUUGUUUUAAACAUGCCAGGUGCAGCAAAUUUUGACAGGUGGUUUAUUGGGGGAGGAGUAGGCGGGGGGGGGGGGGGGGAGAUAAGGGGGAAUGGAACGAAACUUCAUUUCCCAGACUCAAAAACUUUAUGCUACAGUAGGAAAUAUACCAGUACUUAUUUACAAACUAAACAGUAAGUAUUACAGAACCAACAUGGGACCCAUUACACAUAUUACAAAUUCAGUGUUGUGUUAACCAGUAAAUGUAUUAUGAGUUAUACUUAUCUAGACUCUUUGAUUGCCAAAAAUAAAACGAUUGCGCUACCCCCACAUAA